GAAAAUGAAUCUGGACGAGAAGCUGAUAAUCCAACUGUACACAAUAAUGUUGUUAAUGUAGUGCAAAAGAGAACUAGGGGUCCUACAAGUUGCAUGGAGAUUCAUGCUGUUGAGAUGGACGAACGCCAUACUAUCACUGUUAACGAAUUCGGACAACCUAUUGGGGACGAUAAAAAGUUCAGCAGCUUUUUGGGGACCGUGGCA